AUGGAUACAAUAAAUGCUAUCUCAACCCCUAUGCUUAGUGGAACUAUACCUUCAGCGUUCCAAGGAGAAGUAUUUCCUGACUUACAUCUCUAUAGGAGUACAGUCGGUGCCCUUCAAUAUGUGACGAUUGCCCGACCAGAGAUUGCCUACAGUGUAAACAAACUAUGCCAAUUUAUGCGGGCUCCAAAGCUUGUUCACUGGCAAGCGGUUAAAAAGCUCCUACACUACCUCAGAGGUACAAUUGACGAUGGACUACUGCUGUCUAAACCCAAGGAUCUGCAGCUCCAAUCCUAUGUAGAUGCAGACUGGGCCUCUGACCCAGAUGACCGCAAAUCCACCUCUGGCACACAAAAAGUAUUCCAUGCACACUCGCUUUUACACCUUCUCUCUCGUAAUUGGAAUUGGAAUUGGAAUUGGAAAUCCAGUAUUUCCAACAACUCCAAUUCUUCAACUCUUCUUUCUUCUGCCAAUACCCAAAUCAAGUUCUCCUUCAUUACCCUUUAUGGGCAUGGGGCUGCCUUCGCCAAGCACCACACUAACAACAAUCACCAUUUUUCUUCACCUUCUUCUUCUUUCUUACAAGACCUACCAGAGAAUUGUAUUUGGAUCAUCUUAACGAAGCUCGAUCCCCCCGAGAUCUGCAAAUUGGCGACGUUAAAUCGCGCGUUUCGGGCCGCUUCAUCGGCCGAUUUCAUCUGGGAAUCCAAGCUCCCUUCUAACUGCACCUCGCUACUCCGUGCACUUCUCCAUCCUCAAUUCUCCCUCCCCAACAACAAGCACAUCUUCGCCGCCCUCACUCGCCCCAAUCUCUUCGACGCCGGAACCAAAGAGUUUUGGUUGGACAAGAGGUCUGCCAAAACUUUCCUCUCCAUUUCCUCUAAGGCCUUGAAGAUUACGGGGAUCCACGACAGAAGAUAUUGGAAUUAUAUUCCUACUCACCAAUCCAGGUUUGGGUCAGUGGCAUAUCUGAAGCAAAUUUGGUGGGUGGAAAUAGGAGGAGAGGUGGAGUUUGAAUUCCCACCGGGAGGAUACAGCUUAUAUUUCCGGCUCCACCUCGGCAAGCCUUCUCCCAACAAGUUUGGAAGACGAACCGCUGACAUGGAACAUGUCCACGGGUGGGACCUGAAGCCAGUCAGCUUCCAGCUGUCGGUCUCGAGUGGCCACAAGGCCACGUCGGAGUGCUAUCUCCAGCAAUCCGGGAGCUGGGUUUUUUACCACGUGGGUGAUUUUGGUGUGGAAGCCCCGAAUUUUACUGCCCACAUAAAUUUUUCCAUGCUUCAGAUUGACUGUACUCAUACCAAAGGUGGCCUCUCUGUUGAUUCUGUCUUCAUUUGUCCUUCUGAGUUUAAGUCGCUUUAUUAGGGGGAUUUCUUUUCCUUCCAUUUUUUCAUUUUAUUUUUUUGUGCAGAUCUCUGUUUUGUAUAUAGUUUUUAGCU